AUGAAGUCAUACUCAAACCACCUGAGAGAAGAAAUGGAAAAAGCAGAAGGCAAGCAACUGACAAAUGAACGACGAAAACAGGUUGUGUUCAAAUUCGAAUUAAUCCCAUCAGACAUGAAGUGGAUGUCAUCCCACUCAGGAGAACUGAAUAAUUGUGCAACCUAUUUUUCGCCAUUUGGCAAUGCUAAUCAAACAAGCAAGAGAACCAUAGGUGGUACUAUUGGUGAUCCUGAAGCUACAUGGCAACCAUGGGAUUCCAUAAAAAGACUGGUCGUGGCAGAGAGAGUUGUGAAGUUGAAGUCAAAACUUCGAGAUCCCAUGGGGAAACAAAGAAAUGAGGUCACUAAAUUCAUCGCUCAAAACAAGUCUAGACAAGAAUUUGUAUCUCCAUUGGAAAAGUAUGUGGAUUUACUCAAGGCUGAGCCUCUACACAACACAAACCAUGCUUGGCAGAGCUGGUUUUUAACUGCACUUGCCAUUGUAAUGCAUUACACACACCAGAAUCACCUCAAGGCGGCAACAGCAGUUUCUGAUCUUCCAGACAGAUCCCCCAUGCUUACAUUUCUGAAGUGCCUUAAAGACACCCUCAAGUGUGGGAGACUGUACAAGGCCUUUCUGCAGUGGUUCAGUGAGAAGCGGAAGAAGGGAAUUUCAUUCUCAUAUAGUUUCACAGGACUUGAAUCAAAGUACUUCUGUCGGCAAUUUGCCAUUUUGAUUCAGGAACUUCUGAAGAUCCCCACUCUUUCAAAGCUACAUGUUAAUGCAGGGUAGAGAGACAAAGCACAUGAAAUUGGCCAAGUAUGUGGAAAACACAUGCAAUACCAGAAAGAGCUUACGGUGCUGGACUGUGUUCAGACAUGAGUUUGUCUGCAUGGUAUGGCUCAGAGAGAAAGAUCCCUACAGCAUUGCAUAUCGCUGUGAGAAGAGGAACAUAAGUGAUUCUUAA